AUGCUCUCCGGCAGCAAAGUACCGCGUCGUCGUUGUGCGAAGGCUUGCUGGAGCUGCAAACGCCGUAAAGAGCGAUGUGAUUCAAAUCGACCAUGUGGGCGAUGCGUCCAGCGUGGCGUAGGAGACGGAUGCGCCAGUGUCGGCGACUCUGUGGAUGGAGACUUGAGCUACGAUGACUCUACGAAUGACUCCGCUGACCGACUCUCUCAAAGUCCUCGACCGAAUGAUGAACUUUAUACAACACCUGGUACAGGCGCAAUUUCCACCGAUGUUGGAGCAACCAGCUCAAGCUAUAGUAUACCUUUCGGCUCAGUGGUCGAUGGCGGUACUACACAAGCACACUCAGCACAUCUCAUCCCGACCAAGCGAGACGAGUUCACAUUCAUUGGGGAUGCGGCGAAUCUAGUAUUUUUCCAGAUCAUCCAUCGCCUAGUAGCUCGAAACUUGGAAAGUUGCGAGCUUUCGGACGGGCUUUCAUAUCAAAAUCUCGUUGAGGCUGCUCCACUGAGCCGCAAAAGGUGGAUGUUGGAGGCUGCUCGAGAUCCUCCUCACCCACCAAACUACGACGAGACAGUACACUUUCUAGAAUGGUACUGUAGGGCCACCAACUGCAUAUUAAAUGUCUUCAAUGAAGCCGAUCUGCACAAGAUCUUGCUAGAGUGGCAGCAAGAUACAUCCCACCGCCGAAAUGAUAACCCCCUCGUCGCCGUUUUCUACCUCGUGCUCGCCAUCGGAGCCCAAGCCAGUCCCAAAGACUUCGAUGAGACUGCUGAGAAGUACUUUUGUUACGGUGCUUUCCUAUCAACUACGACAGCAAUGAUAGACGCCAUUACCAUAUCUACCGUCAUGGCCAACUUGCUCAUCACCAUGUAUCUUCUUAGCGCGUCACAACAAGAUGCGGCAUUUCUCUCGUUCGGCUCCGUUGUUCGAGCAGUCCACGCGUUAGGGAUACACCGUCGAGAGAUCAACGAGCUCCUGGGCCCCGACCAGUGCAUGGCACGAGAGCGGCUCUGGAAAGCUACCCGUAUAUUGGACUCGUUCAUGAGCUCGUCCUUGGGGAGACCCCUCUCAACAACAGAAACUCGAGAUACUCAGGCUGAGCUUGAUUAUUCGCCCUCAACUGAUUUAUGUGCCAUAUUUGAGAUCACAUUGGCCAGGGUCUAUUGUACACGAACAGCAAGCUCGAAUGUGAUGCAGGAGAUCAGUGCACGCCACCGAACGUGGGCCAGGAGAUUCUCGGCCGGACUCGCUAUCGAUGACAUCCAGCCUGAGCUGCUUAUCAGUACAAGUGAAGGCAGGAAAAUACCCAACAUAGGGCUUUGCCACCUCAAGGAGGCAUAUUAUUGGUCAAUUAUGCUUCUAACUCGUCCCUUUCUGAUCGAGUCUGCCGCGAGGCAUCUCGAACAGAGCGUGGACGGUGCCGUUGCAUCAGACACACAGCUCCUAGUAGAUACAUCAUCACCCAGUUUCAUACUGGCGCAUGCGUGCAUUGAUUCGGCCAUCCGCACAGUGGAUCUUCUCAGAGUCUUGGAUUCUUAUGAUGAGAUACCCAAGAGGUUGCCGUUCGUGGUCAACUCACUGUUUCUCUCUGCCUUGGUCCUUGGCCUAGCAGAAUUAGGAGGGUUGGACCACACUCUUCCUGUGCGUAGAUGUCUCACCGAUGCUCAGCGACUGCUUUCGCGCUUCAGCUCACAUGACGCUGUUGCUCAGAGGGACAUCCUCAUUGUGAAACGACUGCACAAUACCUGCAUCACGCAAGCCGAGAACCGCACCCAGCGGACCAUGGCCAAGAAUAGUGAGCGUUUUGGUGGGUUGUUCGAGUGCCUGUGUCUUCCGUAG